UUCACAUACAACAUAAUUAUUACUUUAUUAGUAUCCAUAUUCUGCGCUUUAUUUUAUUUACCAACACUGUUAAACCCAACACCAUGAACCACCUCAUUCAGAAGUUUAUUUUUUUUAUGUGCUUUCUGUUUAGCUUUGCUACUGCUCUGCCAGCAGAAUCCAGUGAUGCUUCGGCGCACAUGUACAAGCGCGAAAUGACCCAAGAGACCAGAGACAACUAUCUGAAAGCCGGUGUUAUACUGCUCGGCAUUAUUACAAGCAUUCAUGUAUUAAAUAUAAUCAUAGGAAUUGUGGCAGGCAUUAUUAAAGCAAUUCUUUAAGAUUGAGUUCCCAUUUGCUGACCAUUUGCUGGCCAUUUGUUGCACUGGCAACGUGGCUGUUUAUUCAUUACUUUUAAAUGUUGCCUUUUUAUUAAAUAAUAAAUAAAAAACAUUUGUUACUAUUGCACAACCCCAAAGAUAUGAAAGUGGAUGUUAAGGUCGAG